UACGCGCUGAAGCGGACGACUGCCAAACGAUGUCGGAGAGCUUGGAAACCUGCGAACUUACUCUGCCCCUGGGUCAAAUUAAGGGCGUUAAACGCCUCAGUCUCUACGAUGACACCUACUUUAGCUUCGAGAAGAUUCCCUUUGCAAAGCCUCCACUGGGAGAACUAAGAUUCAAGGCCCCAGUGCCAGCAGAUCCAUGGAGCGGAGUUUUGGAUUGCACCCAGUACGCCGAGAAGCCAACCCAGAAGAGUUUAAUGACUGGAGUUAUCGAAGGCACUGAGGACUGUCUGUAUCUGAAUGUAUAUUCCAAGCAGUUGAAGAGUGACAAGCCAUUGCCGGUAAUGGUAUACAUUUAUGGCGGGGCCUUCACCAUUGGCGAGGCCACCCGUGAAUUGUACGGUCCGGACUAUUUUAUGGCCAAAGAUGUGGUCCUGGUAACGCUCAACUAUCGCGUUGAUUGUUUGGGAUUUCUCUCCUUGAAAGAUCCCAGCCUAAAGGUUCCAGGAAACGCCGGCCUUAAGGAUCAGGUGCUGGCUCUCAAGUGGGUCAAGCAGAACAUUUCCAACUUCAAUGGCGAUUCUAAUAAUAUUACGGUUUUCGGAGAAAGUGCUGGUGGUUGUUCCACCCACUUUAUGAUGUGCACGGAGCAGACCAAGGGGCUGUUCCACAAGGCCAUUCCCAUGUCGGGUACGGUGCACAACUAUUGGGCCGAUAACCCAAGUGAGGACUUUGCCUUCCGCCUGGCUCAGCAAUAUGGCUUCACUGGCGAAAAUGUGGACGACAAAGUGCUGGAGCACCUUCAGGGUGUUCCUGCCAGAGAUCUAGUGAACUACAAUCUGAUAACACCCGAACAUAGGAGGAAUGGUGUGAUCUUUGCCUUUGGACCCACAGUGGAGUCAUAUGUGGGAGAGGAUUGUGUGGUUCCCAAACCACCAGUGGAAAUGGCCCGGGAUGCGUGGUCCAACAAUUUACCCACCAUGUUGGGGGGAACUUCAUUCGAGGGUCUUUUCAUGUAUCCAGCGGUGUCUGCCAAUCUCAAGGCAUUGGAUAGCCUAAGUCAGGAUCCGGCGAGAAUGGUGCCUCUGGAGGUCCGUGAGGUCAACAGCGAGCAGGAGAAUCUGGAGUAUGGUCAGCGUCUGAUCAAAGCCUACUUCGGAAAUGCCCCACCCAGUUCAGAACUCUUCAUGAAUAUUCUUGAUUUUUAUUCCUACAAAAUCUUUUGGCAUGGCUUUAAUCGCACUUUGAACGCAAGACUCGCCUAUUCAAAGGCACCCACAUAUUACUACCGCUUUGACUUUGAUUCUCCGAACUUCAACUUUUAUCGGUUUAAAUUCUGUGGGGACAACAUAAAAACUGGUGUGGCCCAUGCCGAUGACCUCAGCUAUUUAUUCCGUAACUCGGGAUCCUGGAAACUAGAAAAGUCAUCUGCCGAAUAUCGCACCAUCGAAAGGAUGAUUGGAAUUUGGACGGCGUUCGCAGCUACCUCAAAUCCAAACUGCCCGGAAAUUGGCCACUUAGACUGGAAACCAUCAACGAAGGACGAUCCACAGCGAGUUCUUAAUAUCAGUAAUGAAGUAAAAAUAAUUGAUUUGCCCGAGUAUGAAAAACUUCAAAUUUGGGAUGGCAUUUACAAGCCAGAUCAGUUAAUCUAAGGUAUAAAAAAUAAACACUAUAUGAUGUUCACGGUUUUAAAUAACUUCGUAUGAUGAAAAAUAUAAAAACCUUGGGCAAUAUAUAAAAACAUUGAACAUCAACCUCUUCAUGUAGGUAUAGAAGCCGUCUGGAAAACUUAUAGAAAUAAAUUUUAAAACA